UUACAAUCUCGAGAAGCAACCCGUCACGCCGCACUCUUCUCGCCUCCGAUUCUCCGGAGAUUCGUCAUCAGAAUGGCGGUGGCGGCGGCGGCUCGUGCCGGGUUCCGGCGGCUAUUCUCCGUGUCGGCGUUCGCUGCACCACCUCCACCCGCUGCGCGCCCCGCGGCGGAGCCCUGCAACAACCUCUUCGUCUCAGGGUUAAAUAAACGCACAACAUCCAAUGGACUUAAGGAAGCAUUUUCGAAAUUUGGUCAGGUUAUUGAAGCAAGAGUAAUCACUGAUAGAAUAUCUGGAUACUCCAGAGGAUUUGGCUUUGUCAAAUAUGCGACUGUACAAGAAGCUGGUGAGGCCAUAAAAGGCAUGGAUGGAAAGACAUCUGUAUCUUUGCAGUUCCUUGAUGGUUGGGUUAUUUUCGCCGAGUAUGCAAAGCAAAGAGAAGCCACACAGCCGUCACAACAAGGAGCACCAUAUGAAUACUCUAGCUAAUGAUUGAAGUUGCCAUGCACAGUCGAUUACAUACACUGUAUUCCUUUUUUUCUGCCGAGAGUGUAAUAUUGGAUGUUGCUUGCCAUCCAAAAAUUUACAGAGAGAAUGUAGCUUGCUGUGCUCCACUUGAACUGCCUUUGUUGUGGUUAACAUUGUACUUGGCUGCUGCAGCUUCAUGUGUGUGGCAUAACUUUCCUCAUUAAUUUACAUGUCACUGCAUUUUUUGA